UUAAAUAAAAUAUAAAAUAAAAUAUACACAUAGUUAUGUUGUAAAAUACUUUUUUACUGAAUUCAAUUCAAUUCAACGCAACUAGGCAGUGAGCACAACGACAAAUACAACGUAGCGUAAACCUUAACGUUAAUAAUUACCGUUGGUUCGACAUCAGGUUUACAGCAACGCAACCACAAAGUGUAAAGCAAACCACAUUAAUAUCUCAUUAGGCGAAAUAUAAAAUUCGAAUACAUAUAGAAUAAAAUUUUAAAUUCAAAAUAAUGCUGACCUGUUUACCGCUGUUGCUAAAGUAACCAUUCAAUUUUUAUAAAAGUAAACAGAUAAUUUCUUAUAUACUUAAUAACUAUAAAAAGAGUAAUAGAAUUCUCCACAAUAUAAAGCACAAAUAUUUAAAAAAUAUUUAAAAAUUCGAUUUAAUUAAUCAAGUGCACAUAGAAAAACAUUUAAAUUUUUAUCUAAUCAUAUAUACCAAAUCACAUGGAUGACGAACUUGAGGAUAAGGUCUUAUACCAAACAUACGUCUCACACAUGAAGAUUCUAUCGAAAUUCGCCGUAGGCUUUUCAUCCAUAAAUUCGCCAUUGGCGUAUAUAUGGAAAUUAUGUCGUCUCUAUGUAUUGCGUCCAGAAGUCUUAUUUUGUGCUGUGAUCCUAUUUAUUUUUCUUAUUUAUAUACAAGCUGUUGAUGUAUGGAGCCGCGGCAUUAUUGGCCGCAUACAAGCCACACUUGGUCGUCAACGUAGUCGUAACAAGAUACUAGAUGCCGCAAGUAGCAGUAGGGAACAACUCUGUUGGGAGGAGAUACGUCAACAGAGCUCUGCAUUUGCUGUACUUGGUCGACGUCCUCGCAUGGAAGAUAGAUACAUAAUCGAGGAGAACAUCAACAACAACACUGAUAUAUCAUUCUUUGCGGUAUUUGACGGCCAUGGUGGCGAGUUUGCCGCUGAUUACGCUAAAGAUAUUUUGGUAAAGAAUAUUUAUAAGAAAGUCAUUGAAGCUGCUAAACUGCUCUCCAAUCCACAAAAACCACAACAUUUGUCAACUGGAAACGGUGGAUCUGGUGAUGAUGAUGGAAAAUACGAUGCGAGUCCAUUUUUAAAACGCAAAGCAGUCAAAGAUGAAACCAAUAAAGAGAAUGACACAAACUCUGUACGACGCCGUGACAGUCUACGUAAAUCUCACAGUAGCACCACGGAUGAUUGUACCGCCCCAAAACAGAAAGCCUCUGAAACUGAUGUCAUUACAGUGAGAUUAAAUUCUAUAUUACGUGAGGGCCCGAGAAAUAUUUUUCUUUUAAACUCCAAUAACAACAAUAACAAUAUAAAUAAGGACGGCCUCACCAAUAAUAAUCCACCGCAAACCUUAGAUGCAAAAGUAUACCUUGAAAAUGGUAAAAUUAAUUUCGGUAAAUUAAUUACCGACGAAGUUUUGUCAGCGGAUUACAAUUUGGUUGAGGCCGCCAAGAAAAAAUCCAAUAUAUCUGGUACCACUGCGCUAAUCGCAAUCAUACAUGGAACUAAACUAUUUGUUGCGAAUGUAGGCGAUUCGCGCGGUGUUAUGUAUGAUUCUCGAGGAAUUGCAAUUCCACUUUCUUUUGACCAUAAACCACAGCAGGUACGUGAGCGCAAACGUAUACAUGAAGCAGGCGGUUUCAUCGCUUUUAGGGGAGUAUGGCGUGUUGCUGGUGUUUUGGCUACAUCACGCGCUCUUGGAGACUAUCCGCUAAAAGACAAAAAUCUAGUCAUAGCCAAUCCCGAUAUAUUAACAUUCGAUUUAAACGAUCACAAACCAUCAUUUUUAAUUCUUGCCUCCGAUGGUUUAUGGGAUACAUUUAGUAACGAAGAAGCUUGCACUUUCAUUAAAAAACACAUCAGUGAACCAGAUUAUGGAGCUAAAUCACUUGCAAUGCAGUCCUACUACCGCGGUUCUGUUGAUAAUAUAACCGUGUUAAUAAUAGUUUUUCGCAAAGGUGUCUAUCGAAUUUCAUCAUCAGUUGCCACAACUGCAAAGUCUGCAUCCACCGCUAGUGCAACUGUUGUUGGCGAACAAAUCAAUACAGCACAGCAAGCCAAAGAAGUUGCAUCUGCGCCCAAUAUACACCGUUCCAAUAGCGGUGUUGGCACUGGCACUGGCACUGGCACGAAAUGAAUUCUUAUUCUUAUUCUUAUUUACAUAGAAUAUCUAAGAAAUACGACUAUGUAUCAAUCACAACGCAAGUGCCCAAAUAUUUAAAUAAUUUAAAAUAAGAUUUUGCUCUCAUUUGAUAUAUAUUUUUAUAUUAAAUUUAAUCGAUAUAUUUUCAUAUCCCACCACUUUACAUCCUAACAUCUAAUGUAGGAUAUAUGUUAUUAUUUGUUUUUAUUGAAUCUCUCUUUUGAAGCUUCUAAAUUA